AUGAUGUGCUUCUCUCCAUAAGAAGGUAUUUAAAAUAUUGAUUAGAACUUUACUCAUUAGAAUCCUGAGAUUGAAAAUUAAUUUAUUCCUACACAUUAGUUGGAUCAAAUUCCUUUAGGCAUUAUUUAACUUUAAUUUAUUUAUCUUUAAAUGCCAUUCGUAUUGUCUUAAAUAAUUGGGACUCUUAAAAAUGACUGUUAGAUUUGUGCUGAAGAAUAUAUAUAAGAAGAUGUAGAAUGUAAUAGAAGUAUGAAUUGAAUUAUUUUUAGUCUAAAACCCUCUUAAAAUUACUAAAGCAUAAACCUAAUACAUUCUAAAUUAAUCUAUAUCUAUCCCCUUUUAUUUAAACUGUAAUAAAUUGAAUUUCCAAACAAUUUAGGAUUUUUUCAAAAAGAGAUAAAAAUAAAAUUGA